AACGCCUUUGUACAUUGAGAAUCGGUGGAACGCCACUGUUUAUUCUACCUUCUGAUUCUCUUGUUGCAGAACGCUGCUGGAAUACAGCUCCAAACAGAACAAAUUUGUACUAUUCCCUGUUCACGGUCGGUGGAUUUAGAAAUAAGUGUUGAGAGAAGACUUUUUUCGUUGCGAAUAGCCUCGUGCCUCGUUUAGUUCAGAAAUGGAGGGGUGUUGAGAUUGGUUGGUUAACAUUAGAUAUGCUUAAGCUGGAUUGUGAAAAUUAAGGGUGUUUAAAUGCAGAAGGUACGAUGAGGGCAAAGGAAAUUUGGUGGGGAUUGUAAAAAAGCAUUAUUGGUGGGUUUUUGUUCUGCAACAAAGUGGAAGGAAGGAGGAGGACAUAAGGCGAGAUGCUUAAGAUUAACAGGUUUUCUAGGCGUUGCUUUUGCACUGGUGUCUCACGGCCAUGGCUCUUUGUGGGCUUGGGCAACCCCGGGGAUAAAUACCAAGGGACUAGACACAAUCAGGUGGGGUUUCAGAUGGUGGAUGCGUUUGCUGAAUCCCAGGGGAUUUCUAUGAACACAAUUCAUUGCAAAGCUAUCUUUGGACAAGGUUUUGUUGGUGAUGCCCCUGUACUCCUUGCAAAGCCUCAGACUUACAUGAAUUUGAGUGGUGAAUCUACAGGACCACUUGCAGCUUAUUAUAAGUUACCUCUUAAUCGUGUGAUUGUGUUUCAUGACGACAUGAACUUACCUUGUGGAGUGCUUCGACUGCACAGCACUGGAGGUCAUGGAAGGCACAAUGGGCUGAAGAGUGUGAUUUACCAUUUUCGAGGGAAUCGAGAGUUUGCUCGACUAAGGAUUGGUAUUGGGAGCCCUCCUGGUCAAAUGGAUCCUAAAGCUUUCUUGUUACAGAAGUUCAAUGCAAUAGCUCGAGAACGAAUCGAUGCUGCUUUACCAGAAGGUGUUGAAGUAUUGAAGCUCCUUGUAUCUAAAGGGUUGACAGAGAGUGCUAGACAUUUCAAUACACAACAGAAAUACAAGCAUAUAAGGUUACAAACUAUGCAGACUUGAGUAGUUGAGAUAUCGUUUCUCUUGAGUAUCAACUAUGAACUUAUGGAUGGUUAUUUCGGGAAGCCUAUGUAUAAUGUGAGCAAACAUGUACAAACAUCUUCUAGUAAAGAGAGAGGGCGAGAGCAAGAUAAUUUCCUGAAAACAUAAAUCCAUUUAGUGUUACAUAUUUGACAUAACUUUGUUAUGUAAAAUGAUGUGCAGUUAAUCAAAUGUUUCAUUGAAUCAUAGUGCU